CAUAUCGAUUUAUUUUUCUGAGUAUACAGAACGUACUUUCAUUUCGUUGUUUUACAAAAAAUAAUAUUUUUAUAUACUUGCGGAUAUUUAAAUCGGCAAAAAAUGCGUCGCUAAAUUAUUGUGAAUCUAAUGGUAUAGACGACUCGCUCAGCAAAUAUAUAAUAAAGGCAAUCACGACGAAAACUCAAAUAAUUGCUGAAAUUAUUUGGUGAGUCAUGGAGGAUCCAAAUCGCAUGUUGGCUCACACCGGUGGCAUGAUGGCGCCACAAGGAUAUGGUUUGUCUGGCCAGGACGAUGGUCAAAAUACUGGCAGCGAAAACGAGGUGCGCAAGCAAAAGGACAUUGGCGAGAUAUUGCAACAAAUAAUGAGCAUCUCGGAACAAUCGCUUGACGAGGCACAAGCCAGAAAACACACGCUUAACUGUCACCGGAUGAAGCCGGCACUGUUCUCCGUACUGUGCGAAAUUAAGGAGAAGACUGUCCUUUCAAUUCGCAAUACUCAGGAGGAGGAGCCACCAGAUCCACAACUCAUGAGAUUGGACAACAUGCUUAUUGCCGAGGGCGUGGCAGGACCCGAAAAAGGAGGUGGCGGAGCGGCUGCUGCAUCUGCUGCUGCGGCCAGCCAGGGUGGAUCCUUGUCCAUAGAUGGUGCUGACAAUGCCAUUGAGCAUUCCGACUACCGUGCCAAGCUGGCACAGAUUCGUCAAAUAUAUCAUCAAGAGUUGGAGAAAUAUGAGCAGGCAUGCAACGAAUUCACCACGCAUGUUAUGAAUCUUUUACGUGAACAGAGUCGCACGAGACCGAUUACACCAAAGGAAAUUGAACGAAUGGUGCAGAUCAUUCACAAAAAGUUUAGUUCCAUACAAAUGCAGUUGAAGCAGUCGACCUGUGAGGCUGUAAUGAUUCUACGUUCGCGUUUCUUGGACGCUCGUCGUAAGCGCCGUAACUUCAGUAAGCAGGCGUCCGAAAUUCUCAAUGAGUACUUCUAUAGUCACUUGAGUAACCCAUAUCCAUCCGAAGAGGCCAAAGAAGAGUUGGCACGAAAAUGUGGCAUAACGGUCUCCCAAGUAUCCAAUUGGUUUGGCAACAAGCGAAUUCGCUAUAAGAAGAACAUUGGAAAGGCACAAGAGGAGGCCAAUUUGUAUGCGGCUAAGAAGGCUGCAGGCGCUUCACCGUAUUCCAUGGCUGGUCCUCCGAGUGGGACAACCACACCCAUGAUGUCACCCGCUCCCCCGCAGGAUUCAAUGGGCUAUCCAAUGGGCUCGGGCGGCUACGACCAGCAGCAACCGUACGACAACAGCAUGGGUGGAUAUGAUCCCAAUCUCCACCAGGAUCUAAGCCCCUGAGGAUCAGGGCUGUGAACCACUCCGAAUCGGAGACUCCCUCAUACAGUUGCGGUCAAAAUAACUGCACUGAAAAUCUAUCAUGCAGUUUCUUCCUAAUUAUGUUUUCUUAGGGCGCUUGUAAGAUGCACUCUUUAUACAAAAUACAGUUUAUAUUUGCUCUUUUGCUAGGACCAACAAUCCCGAAGUUAAACACAACUGUUUAACUACGCUUCCUUUUUUUUUGCAAUCAGUCAGUUAAGCUUAAAAUUCCUUUAAAUUUAGGUAUAGUUCAGAUAGACAUACGUGAGUAGAGUAAAAGAAAAAUUUCAACUAAAUUGUGUUUGCUAGAUUUUUUAUGUCAAAAACAUUGCUUCUCUAAAAAAAAUGAGUACGAUAACACAAUUUAUUUCUAAAUGGCGCAGUUUCCUGACUAAAACCCGAAACUAUUCAACAAUUUAAGCAGGAUAUGCCGUUAAGGUAUUAAGGUCAUAUAUAUGCCCUUCAUUAUUGAUACAAAUGUUAGCAUGUUCGCAACAUGUAAACUGUAAAAUAAAUAAAUACGUAAUUUUUGUUUUAAGCAAGUAUACUUUUUGGCCCAACUGAUAUCGGAGUUAAGUCGUAACAUAAAUUCUUGAAAGAAUUAUAAUCAAUGCAGAGACUUCUGUAGGACACCAUUAGCUUAUAUAUUAACCAUUGAAAACAUAUUCAAAGAAACUCAAAUUAACUAAUAGUAUACGAUAUAUUUACAAAGAAUGGAGGCAUAGUUUCAGUGCUUUUACUUUGACCGCAGCUGUGUAUAAAUAUAUUUUAAUACAUUUACCUAUAUUUGCGGGUAUAUACAAAUAUUGCAUGUGUAAAUCAUACUAUGACGGUUCUUUUGGCUACAGUACGUAUACGACAGCAAAAUAGUGUUUACUAAAUUUAAAUCUGUACGAAAUUUUAACUUGAACAAUACGAAACUAAACCAUGUAUACGAUGUAUAUCAAAUAAAUAAAUAAUACAUGUUUUUGUUAUCCGCACACGUCAACUAAUAACAAAUAUUUUUAAUGUAAAAACGGUAAAGUCUUGGAAAAAUAAGUGUCCCAUUCCUAACGAAAGGCGAAUUUUGCUGCAUUGGAUUCGAUUUUUUUGAUUGAAAAACAAGUGUAUUGAAAAACUUAUUUGUUAAUUUUUAAUAUGUGUUUUAUUACAUAAUACAAAGUAUAUUAUUUUGAGAAUGUGCUGGUUACAUUAUUUUCGAUUAUUUGAAGUUGUCAUUAAUUUAAAUGAUUUUUAAGUGGUUUCUUUACCUUAAAACUUUUUUUCUAUUAAUUUAAUUGCAUUGCAGACUUAAAAUAUAAAUAAAUGCCGAAAAAUUCGUCAUUCGCUUCGAAUGAAAUAGACAGGAAUCUUUGCCUAUAUUAAAAUGGAUAUCAAAACAGAUAAUUUAAAACAAUACAAACACGAUUAUAAUUUUAACUGAAAAAUAACAUUUGUCAACGCCCGUCUUUCGCUCACAUAACGGUCAAAUGAAACCAUUCAAUGUAUUUCAGUAAGAUAAGGUACUGCAUUAAAAUUUUUGGAUAACAAUAGAAAAAUAUAUAAAUACACAACUUUACACAAAUAACUUAAUAAAUAAAAUCGUAGUAUUCA